AUGUACUCGAACAUGACAAAUUCACUGCAAGCACCAAUGGAUGGCAGAAAUAUGACGGAUAGUGGUUGUGACUUUGACAUAUUAGUAUUAAUUAUGGAAAUUCAGUCAAUACUGUUAAUUAUUUUUGGUUUUGUUGCAAAUUUAUUUUCGUUUGUUGUUUUAAUUCAACCGCGUUUGCGUCGUCGACCGACAUUUUCUUAUCUCGCAUUUCUUAGCCUGUCUAAUGCAUUGUUAUCCCUCAUACAUGCAUUUUUUACUAUCAUCGGUCUUUAUUUUGGUUUGACGUUAGAAAAUCUUUCAUUGUUCAUAUUUUGUCGAUUGCUAAAUCGAUUCCUAAUCGACUUCUUAACGCAUUUUUCAUUAUACACAUUGACAGCAGUCGAUAUCGACCGCGUGCGGACAGUAACGUCAAAAACAAAUCAACAGUCCAAUUAUAAUUCUGGUCAUCGAUCGCUGCAGUACGGCUGCGCAAAAGCAUUUUUACGUGUCUGCAUUAUUGAAUUAUCGUUCGUUUGCGUUUUCUUUCUUCUCAAUCUACACUGGCUGACAUCCUAUGGUUACACAGCAUCGAGAAGCUAUCAAGGCGAUAUCGUUCACAUUACCAUGUGUACAAUCGGUGAUACCGAUGGAUACUCCUUCUCCUAUGGGAUCUAUUUGACAACGAUUUUACCUAUUGUUGAGUUGAUUAUGUUCGGGAUUGUUCCAUUUCUGAUCAGUUUGUUCGCAACUAUAAUCAUUUUGCGGCAAGUUUCGGUCAAAGAAUCAUUUAUGAAUUCAGCGAAUAAACAUCUUCAACAAUCGCGACGACGGAAAGAACUGCAUUUAUCUAUUUUACUUAUAUCUCUUAACUGUGUCUUUCUACUAUUCACAACUCCGCAUCUUGUGUAUACGAUCCAUGUGGGCGACUUACGAAACCGACUGAAUAACAUUCCGACCAGUGAAGGAGAGAUUUGUUCGGUGGCAUUUACGCAAAAAAGCUUAGAUCUCUUACAGCAAUGUUAUUUCAUGUCGACAUUCUUCUUGUAUAUCUUGACCAACAAACGCUUUCGGGAAGAAUUCUAUCGUUUAUUUCGGUGCUGCGUAUUCAGUUGUCGCCGAAGUCACAAUCCACCAAAAUCACAAGCGGAGAGAAUUCAUCGUCCAAAAAUAAAUGAAAACAUUAAUCAUUUAGAUGGAAAGAAACGGAAUAAUUUAUUGACACCAUUUCAAGAUAGGUUCGGAAGUCGAGCGUCUCUGAGUGACGCUUCGCAAGAUGAUGAACUUGCAACACCAUUAGAUAAUUGA